GGGCUUCUGGCCGCGCCCUCGUUUGCCGCCGCCUCUGCCUUUCCCUGCGAUGGGUUUUCCUCCUCUCGUCUCGCCGCCACGUCGCCGCCGCCGCCGCCGACGAGCAGCCGCGGCGAGGCGACGCACAGCUCACAGCUGCGAACCCUAAACCCUAGCUCCGACCCACUCAUCCAGUCCCUUCCGCCAUGGAGGAACCCUCGCCCGUCCCGCCCGCGGCGGCUCCUGCCUCCCUCGCCGCCGCGCCGCCCACCACCGAUGUCCUCUCUCGCCGGAGAGCCCAUCUCGACAGCGCCUCCUACCGCGCGCUCUCCCGGCUCUUCUCGCACUGCCUCCACCUGCACCCUCCGCGGCACGCGGCACGCCCCGACGCGGAGGUCGAGCCUGCCGCCGCCGCCGCCAUCCCUCCCGGCGGCUCCGGCGGGCUUCCCCAUGGGGAUUCGCCGCCUCCUGCAGACGUGGGAGGCGAUCGGGGGAAGAACUUAGAGGUGGAGGUGGCUCUGGGAAACCAUGCUCCGCACGAGACGCCUUCGACUUCGGCGUCCCCGGACGCCGCCGUGAACCCUACCACCGAUCCCGGCGUGGUGCCGCAGGGGACGGAGGAGGGUAGAGUCGCUGGGGUCGAGCGGGUGGAGGGUGUAGAAGAGGUUGUUUUCGCCGGAGGCACUUCCGGGGAGGCUGAUGCCGAUGGCGAUGAGUUGGGGGCUGGGGCUGGACUGAUGGGGGAUGACGAGGCUUUGAGGUCGAUGCAGGCUUGCUUAGACGGGGAGGAUAGUGAAUUGGUGAUUGAAAUGGUUGGUAAUGACAAUGAGCAAUUGCAACUCGAUGCGAUGAUGAACAACUUGUCAGGGUUGAUUGAUGAUGCUAGUGCCUGUGUAAUGUCGGCGCAGAGCUGUGGAGUAUCUGGAGAUAAACUGCAGAGUGAUGACAGAGUAGCUGAGGAGGUGAAAGAAUUGGGAGCUGGGAUUGGCAAUGACAGAUCUGUGUGCAGUUUAGAUCAUGGGUCACUGGAUGGUGGUGGUGGUUUUGAGGAAGGAGAGAUUGAGGGCGACACGCAGAAUUUAGAUGCAGAUGAUUCUGGCAAUUCAGAGCUUCAAGAUGAUGUGGAAUUGGAAGAGGAUUUUGAUAGCAGAAGGAUAGAGGAGGAUGGGUCAUGUGGCCAUGACUUAAAGAGCAAUUUGCAUUUGAUACCUCAAAAAGGAAAUGGCGACACUGCACGGAACAUGCUAUGUAAUAGCAAGGGUGAUUCUCAAAUGCAUGUUGCCAGGGCGCAAGCAGUCAGUUAUGAUGAAGUUCUCGAUUGGAAUGAGACACCUUUGCCUGAUGAUAAGGCUCUCAAACAUGGAAACACAAGAAAGCGCACCUUGACAGAGGAGAGAAAAGCUAAGAAGACGAAAACUAAACGAAUUAAGAGAGCAUUGCAACGGGAAGCCGAAGGGGUGAAAAGACUGAAACUUCAACCAGUUAUAAAGCCUAAAGUGGUGAAGGUUUGCCACUUCUACUUGCAUGGGAAGUGCCAGCAGGGCAAUUUGUGCAAGUUCUCCCAUGAUACGACACCUUUGACAAAAUCUAAGCCCUGCACGCAUUAUGCACGUGGUUCUUGUUUGAAAGGAGAUGAUUGCCCUUAUGAUCAUGAGUUGUCAAAGUACCCUUGCCACAAUUUUAUGGAAAAUGGAAUGUGCAUCAGAGGUGAUAAAUGCAAAUUUUCUCAUGUGAUACCAACUGCAGAAGGUCCGUCCACACCAGAUGCAAAGAAAUCUAAUGCGUCAUCAGUACCUGAAAAAGCAAAUUGCCAAGAGCAAACAAGUCGUCAGAAAACUUCAACAGUAUACAGUGGUGAACCUGCAACCUCUGUUCCUAUCAAACAUCAUUCCAUCCUUAAAAACCUUGCUGGCAUAUCAGGAAAUGCUCAAAAGGUACCUGUUCGUAUACCAAGGGGUAUACAGUUUCUUCCUUUCAAUAAAGCCAGACCAGAUUCUAGCAUUUUGCAUCAGGAUGUUGUGUCCACUGAGAAGCAUAAGAAUCCAACUGGUGGUCCACAUCAGAACUUUGGAAGACCUCAACCCGCAGACGGGAAAAAACUUGGCAAGCACAAUGGACAUAGAUCAGCUCCACUGUUGGAUGAAAAAGACUCAUCAAAACAAGCUAAUCUACAUCCAUGUUCAGAACCAAAGAAAAAUAGUUUGCCUACCACUGCUGCAGUGCCCAGCUCAGUAAGCACUCAGCAUGAAGUUUCAGAGGCCUCCAGGAUUUUGCAGGAGUUCUUGUUUGGUUCUGGCAAUUAGAGAGAACAUACUUGGAUGUUGUUCAGUGAUGAACCCGUGCCCAUGAGAUUGUGCAGCAUUUUUUGUAUUCCGCACACCAGUUUUAUUGCUGUAACUCCAUCUUGCAAGUUGCAACUGCUGAUGUGAACUUGGGGCAAAUAUUUACUGUCAGAUUUUGAAGAUUGGUAACUAUCAAAUGAAUGCACUUCUGUUCAAUCCACAGCAAAUUACAAGGCCUAAUAAAUGAAAAAAGAAAAAGGCCCACAAGGACUACCAGGCCCAAAGACUGUAUCGUUGGCUCCUCCAUUGCUGCCCACGCGCUACUCGAUGGCUUGGUGUCGCGCAGGCAUACAACAGCAAAUCACAAUUCCUAAUCUUCAUUAGUUUGCAGCAGCAAGAAGCCAACAGUGCAGCAAAAGGGAGUAUGCCCGUGUGCAUCCAUCAGCUCAUUUGAAUUGGAAAGUUGGUGUUUAUCUCUUUGUUUGGGAUUAUGAAAAUGCUAAGCGCCAUAUGACUUAGUAAAGCAAUGGAGAUUUGAUGUGUCAUUCAUGUCUGUACAAGGGCUGCUUUUUUGAGGUACCGCUGUUGUCGGGUGGAUUCAUUACGGGCAUCAAGCUUCUUGAGGCAAAAGCUUUACUCCAUUGCCAUGUGACGAUGGCAGCUAGAAGAUUGCCGUUUUAGUCGUCGAACAACAUGAUGAUUUUGGGUUACAUCUCUGCCAGAACCAUGGGUCCUUCACAGGACACCAGCAUCAGCCUCUGGUUUCAUCAGUGCAAUGGUUUAAGCUUUACAUGCACAUAGCACUCUGGAAUCUGGAUUCCGUCCUAUCGUUUGGUUCAGAAUUGCUUGUGAAACUAUCCGUGGAGGCCGUGGGGCACAAGUGCAGAAGAUAAGGGGCCCCAGUUAUGAGCUGGAACGUGUGAUCGUUGCUUGCUACAUCUCAAACAUGGUUUGGAUCUGUCCGUGCCUAGUUGCUGUCAAAAUCCCGGGUGUUGUUGCAUCGGUUCAGAGUUACAUUUCACAUGAUCGCUGGGAGGGCUCACAUGGCCGUUUCAUCAGUCCGGGCUUGCCAUGCGAAGCAAUCACCUGAACUACAUGUCCCUCUCUACUGCUGCUAUCACAUGCCCAAGUGACAGCGACUGUCUACUAUCUCACUAAACAGUCAAAUCUUUUUGCUCCUGAUGAAAAUGAAUUGAUCUUAGCAACCGUCCGUUCAUUCCGAUGGCCUUUUCAUUAGAGGUAGUUAAGAUGGAACUGUCAGUUUUUUUUUUACCUGGUUUUACCACCGUAUAUGAGAGAGUCGUGGCUGUGUUGGCUUGUUAUCUCGGUGGUCAGUUGCUCGAAUAUUUGUGUCAGUGGUGAAAGCAACCGACUAGAAAAGACCUGAACGACCUGUAUGCGUUGGGUGACACUGGAGAUGGAUAAGCAAGUUCCUUGGCAUGUCAAUUCAGGCGAAAACGGAAGGCCCCAAAGAAAUGGAGCUGUGGAGGGUAGCUACUUGGUCGCUUUCCUUGAUAUUAUCAUUGUGUCUGCGUUGGAGAUAAAGCAAAUCCUUGAGUAUUUAUCCGGCCCGAACUGUGCAACUAGAUAUAAUAGAAAAAAAGGAAGGGUAAAUUUUGCAAAACUAUAGAUAUCUCAAAUCAAACUAUUGUAAAUUUAUAAGGCGUUGUAUGUAUAUCACAAAGUUAUCAUAGAUUUUUACCAAAUUUGUUAUGAAACUAUACAUUUAUAAGAUGAAGUAUUGCAAAA